UACUACACCAAAAAUCCAUGUUCACUGACAUGCAACGUUUACUUUAUAUCAGAUCCACCUCAUCUCAUAAAAACCAUCAGAAACUGUUUAGCAAGUAAUAAAAGAAACAUGGAGUUUAAUGGUAUGCCAAUUUCUUGGAGAUUUGUGAAAGACCUCUAUCAAAUGACAUUGAAGUCUGAGGGACUUACGAGUCUACCUAAGCUCACAUAUGAGCACAUUAAUUUAACUGGUUUUUCAAAAAUGAGAGUCGAUUUAGCUGCACAAGUUCUCAGUUCUACAGUCAGUAUUGGAAUGAAGACAUUCUUACCAGAUGAAAAACAGCACAAAGAAGAAUUUACAGAAAGAUAAAAGCUUGAGAUCUAAGCUCUCGUGCUCAGCCUCCAACAGUGAUGAUUGAUGAAUAAUAGUUAUUAUUAUUAUUACUAGAAACAAUGUAAAACAUUAAAGGGCUCAGCCUCGUAGAUAAUUAGCUGGAAAAAAGCAGAAUCUCAACCUUAA